AUGAACUGGUGGCUUGAUAGGUGGCCCAACACUGGUUCGAUCAUUGACGAUCCCGCUGCUGAUCCCCUCUGUCGACCAGGGACACCACGCAGCAAGGAAAGCAAGAAGGAGAAGAAGAAGAAGUAUCAAGACGAAAAGUCGGGAGCCGACCAAGCUUCCGUCAUUAUUGCGUGUCUGGUUGACCAUGUUUGUCCCGCCUCCGGGUUCAUGGACGUAUUUCCUAUGUAUGGUGAAAGGGCUCCUGCUCUUUGGGCGACCAGUUUGGUACCAAGCACGAGGUAA